AUAGGACAACAGACUUUCGCUUCUACAGAAUACAAGCGCAGGUUCUUUACCUUUUCGGCUUUUAAGAAGUUUAAUUUGCUACCUUUCUAGACUUACGGAAAUGAAGGGAUAUAUAAUGUUGGCGUAUUUUGCGCUCAUAUUGCUUCACUGGACGGAGGGUGCCCUGAUUCUGAAAGGUCCAGAGGGCCCAGUGCUGGAAGGGGACUAUGUUACUCUAGAGUGCCUGGCGGACGUGGAGUCAAACAUGAGCCAAGUCCACUUUGAGAAGUUUUCCCAGCGAAUGCAGAAAUGGUUCCGCCUGGAGCCAUAUGAGAUGUCUUUCUAUCGACGUUGCUUCUCCUAUGACCUGGACUUGAACCGAGAGCCAGGCCGUAUUGUCCUGUCAAUCUUCGCCAUCCAGAGCUGGACAAAUGGACCCUAUCGCUGCGUUUCUGAUAACUCUUCUGAGCUGUACAACUCCUCUGAGUCACUCUCCAUACCUGUGCACUAUAUGCGUGACCUUUCGGUCUACAGAGAUGGAGGAAGUUACUAUAAUCGCUACUUCAGCUCUCUGCAGGACUUGCGUGUGCCACUAGGGGACAAUGUGCAGGUGGAAUGUUCAACUUCUGCUUCUGAGACGCCAGAGUAUUCAUGGAAGAAAGAGGGGGAGGACUGGGUAAUGCCAUCUAGCAAACUGAAGCUCAAGAAAGUGAGGAUUGAGGACAGUGGCCAGUACACCUGCACUGCCCAACACCCAUCCGUCUCCCGACUGUCCAAGACACGCACCAUCAGCAUCACUGUGCUGCCAGAGGACGCCCCCUGGUACGAGUCCACCCAGGGCCGGAUCAUACUGAUGACAUCAGCUGCAGGGGCGGGGCUUCUGCUGCUGGCCGUGUCAGUGUCCAUAUGUCUGUGUCGCAGAGCGUCUAAGAGAAAGACCAAGGGGCCCAUCGAUGACCAUUCCCAGAAGAAACCCAUCUACAAGGCCAGCGUGGAGUCUCUGCCGUCCACCAGCGGAGACAAACAGCCCCUGGUGUGAGCCAACAGACGCGAAGGAGGCAGGAUGGGAGAGAAGGAGAAGGGGGAUCACAAUCAUUGUGUACAGGAUUUACGAAUGAAACAUAUUACAUCAUACAUAAAUGCAUGACAUCAUACAUAAUACAGCGCGAUAGUUUCUGCUCCUGCAAGCUGGACUUCAUGUCAGUAAGCUUUUGUCUAUAUUGAUUUCAUUCCUCCUUUGAAUUCCUCUUCAGACUUAUAUGCACUUUUUAUGCAAGUUGAAUUUUUCUGUAGAACGUACAGUUCCAUAAGCCAUUCCCAUGCAGGUCACAUGACAGUGCUUUGUGUCAUAGUGAUGUUAUUUUAGGACUGUAAGACAUUGAAUAGGUGUUAUUAUACAAACUUUUCAUACUGUUUUAAUGUGGAAAAUUCUUUGAUGUGCAAAAUUUUUAGGGCAGGGCAAAACAAUCUUGAUUUAUAAUGACAAAUGCACUAAUGACAAAUUUAUAAUGACAAAUGCACUUUCAUAUUUUACAAAGGAAAUCUGUUUUCUGUGACUUUCACCUGUCAUAAUAAAACCUCUGAAAUAGAAA